CGACUUUUAACUCGGACUUCCAAGUUCCACCACGAAUUGUCAUCUCCCACACAGACGGAGCCACACUCGAGUCGAAUGUCCAUAUACUCUGCAGGGACAAUAUGGUCUAGAGCACUAUUGACUCAAGUCUCGCGACCGUGUUGACGUAUCUCCUCGCGGACACAACCGUGAUCGUAUGGCACGCAGGGACGGCACCGUCAACCAACAGCAGACGAUCAGUGGCCUGCAGUCCCCCACGCCACGUCCUCGCCCGCGUGCGCACGCUUCCUCGCCCCCUUCGUCUCGCAGACAGAGCCUGCACACCUUGGGUCCUACGGCGAGGCUGCACGUCCAGUGGCUUUUCCGCUCGAAUAUUCCCCACCGCCGCGGCAUGCCCCUGCCCGUCGACGUCAAAAGGCGCAACUUCUUUGGCAUCGGAGAGAUCCUAAGUGUGCUCGCAAAUCCGUCCGAGACGUUGCGCUCCCUCACGGAAUCCAGGAAAAUGCUCGAAGAUACUCGCAGAGAACUGGCUGAAGCGCGAGAGCGUGCACAGCUCAGUCCGACGCACACCUUUUCGAGUCUACCUGGGUUCUUUGACCGUCCGGCGGAGCUGAAGGCCAUCGAGCGUGCUCUCGAAGGCGAGCCGAGUUUCACUGUGCUCUUCGGGGCAAGCAGUGUUGGCAAGACGGCCCUCCUGCGCCAGGUGUUGACACGCUCGACGUACCAUGUGCUGCACUUUGACCUCCGGAUUGCGGGGUUCGCUGACCUGCCCAGUCUGUACAUGAGUCUCAGCCAACAGAUGGAGGCGUACUUCACGGCCCUCUCUCAAGACUCGGACCUGCCCGGGUACGGAGAGUUUGAGAAAGAGGCCUGGGCGUUCAAGCACGACAGACUGAACGUCGAGCGAAGAGUCUCUGGGCAGUCCGGCGAGGGCACCGCUCACUUGACGAUGGGCGAAAUCAAGACAAGUGACAUCGCCCGUCUGAUGGAGCUGUUCCAGAGCUCUCUGCUCCGCUACUGGAACUUCCAGCCCGACAUGGAGGCCGUAUGUGCAGCAGAGCGCAAAGCGGAGUCGGAUGCCUCGUCGGUGCGCACUGUCAACGAUCAAACCAAGGACACCAGACCAUCGUGGCGCAAACGCCUUUUCGGCGGCCGGCGCUCAAAGGCGGAGGCGACUGCUCGCAAGCAGUCGCAGCAGGGGAGCAUGAACGGUGAUGCGCGGCACGGGGCAAAGGAGAACGGAAAGGCGCGCGCGCCGCCGGUGAAGAAGAUCCCGGUCUUCUUCAUUGACGAGGCGCACAAGCUACCGGCUCUCAUCCACUCGGUCGACGCCAUGAAGUCGUUGCUCGACGCGAUGCUGGUGCUGACGAAACAGGAUCGGCUGUGCCAUGUCAUACACGCGACGAGCGACCCGUUCUACCAGACGUGGUUGCGCCAGCUCAAUGUCAUGCAGCAUUGCAAGGUGAUUACAAUAGGCGACUACGCCAAAGGGGACACGCGGCGGUUCUUCCGCGACAGAAUCUUGCCGAACGUUCCGGAGGAGCUCCGUCCGAAGCUCGACUUCGAACAGCUGUACGAAGCGUUCGGAGGCAAAUUGGCCCACUGGCAAGAUUUCAUCACAGAUUACGUGAACGCCAAUGGAAAGCUGGACAUCAAGCAAGGCUCGCACUUUCUCCAAGCGCACGCACUUCUCAAUUUGCACAUCAUACACUCUGCACAAGCACCACCGGCUUCGCAAGGCCCUGCUCCAGCAUCAGACGCUACACCGCCUUCCGAACAUGCGCACGACGGGUCACAGACUGCGCAACAGCGCGUCCCACCUUCCCCUGGGUCCAAUUCCGGUUUCCGUAUUUAUUCGCCGCUGAACCGACAGCCGCACGCAGCGCCAUCGACUUUCGCCCCGGUAGCUGCAGACGGAGGAGAUGCGCCUGAGUUCCACGCGGACUUCACCGCCAUUCAACUCCUCAAGGUCAUGAAUCGCCUGGCCCAGCCUGGAGCACGAUCGCUGCCCUAUUUCCUCCUUUGCCGCGAGCUAGGAGCCCGCGCAGUAGACGGCAUGGUGCGCGGACGGAUCUUGGACCUGCGGUGGACGGACCCUAUCACCAAAGAGGGAGUAGACUCGCGGGCGCUGAGCAUGAGGCUCCGCGAUAGCACUCGGAUGCGGGAUAGCGUGCGCGUGCCGGGGCGCGAGAGUCGCGUGCAGUUUGCUGCGGGGAGCAGUGCGACGGCGGUGAACGACUAUAACGAGAUGGGCACGGAGGAGGGCGAGAUGGUGCCUAUGUCGGAGGAGGAGAUUCUGCGUGCGCACGAGCAGAUGAUGAGCCAGCAGCCUCCUGACGACUACGAGGAAGACAUAGUUGGACCUAAGCUCGUGCCAAUUACGCCCAUCAUGCGUUAUGCCAUGCGCGAGGUGGUUCAAGAGUACUAUGAUGACGACGACCAGACAACUUCGGAGUACGCAUCGCUAUCCGAGAUCCAGGAGUAUUGAGCUGUGCGCCUGGUGUUCGCGUGCAUCACAUAAUGUUAUUAGGCUGAUCAUGAUGGGUGCUGGACCGUCUUAUACUUGGUCAGCGUGUUCGGUAUAUUAGGCUGUAUUGUAGUCCCUCCUACGUCUUGAUCCAUAGUGAUAUCAUCCCAUGCAUUGUCUGUACCAUCAUCUACUUAUACACGUGUGCGUGAUGUUCUGCUCAUAAACCAAUGUGCCUGUGUACAGCGUUCGCCGAAACAUACAUGGAUGCCGUCAGACUACGGUUGUCUGUCAUUUCCCUUGCAUCACUCGCGUUUCGAACUGCGGCCGAUGUCAAGGCGGCGCAUCCUUGCACACCUGAGGAAUUUUGUUGACAACAGCUGCAUCAUGAAUUGCUGCGGUGGAUAAGGUGUAUUACUUGUAACGCCCAUAGGCGUCGAUAGUGACGUUAC